AUGUGCACGACAAGGCCCGAGGUCUCAGCUGUGUGGAGCCAGCACCGAGGGCCCCACGGAGACUCCCCCGCACACCUGGAGCAGCUGCUGUCUCGGGCCGUACAUAUGGAGCUCCUCUGUGCGGCUCUGAAGCUGCGGAGAUCAGCACCGACACACCGCUCCUCUUACGGGGCAGAUGGAGGGGCUGUGGACCGCAGUGAGAGUGUGUUCCCGAAGCCACGCUCCUCCAGAGCCAGUGUUGUUGUGAACAAACUUCGCUCUCGCAGACUCGCUGACUCAGCAGCUGCGCUAAAUUUGGAUGAACUCCUCAGUAUCUUGGUGCUGGCUGACUCCACACCUUUUCAUAAUCCCUGGCACCGUGUCCCACAUGUUUGGGCUGAUUCUGCCCCAGCGGCCCCUGUCCUGAACAGAGAAAACUGCCUGAAAUCCCAGGAUUACAAGAGUCGUAUCAGCACCGGCAAGUUCACAGAGAGAGCAGCUUUAAAGACAUGUAAGCAGUCAGGUAGAGGCUAA